AUGGUUAAGCAGGCUUGUGGGUUUGCGAUAGUGGUUAUUGGUCUUUCUGUUAUUACUUGGACACAGUGUGAAGAAGAAGAAACAGCAUCUACUGUGGGUCAUCUUCUUUCUUCUGGAUCUGACCUAACACAGCCAGAUCUCGAAGAGGAGAAAGGGGAGUGA